AAAAUACUCUCCAGCGCUGCACUGGCGAAGUUACUCUUUUUACGUUGUGAAUGACACGCAAAGAUGCGAACACAUGAAGUAGUUUUUAAUGAAUAAAAUACAUCCUAUUGUUAAUAAACACUAACAUUUCAAAGGAAAGUAAAUACAACAUUUGAUCAACCAUUUCAGAAGAAUCGACAGAGAAAAACCGAAACUUUAAAAACAAUUUGCACUUACCACCAUAGGAUUUCAGGUGCUUCAGUCCCGCCCUUUGCCCCCAUUCUUCACUCUGAUUGGUCAUGACCCUGUGCCAGCACGCCUCCAGAGCUCCGAUCCUGCUACUCCUCUUGUACGGUGUUGCUCAGCGCCUCAGCAUCGCCGUCCCUGUGGUCGGCGACCGGGACAGUGAUGCAACAGCUGCCUCGGAGCAAACAAUGCAGACUGAGGCCAGGGAGCAGUGGGAGAAGGAGGUGAGCCUGAUACAGAAGAUGCCGGAGGAGGAGCUCCUGAAGGAUAUGGAUCCCAGGACCCUGGCUGUUGCUUUGCUGGACACCAUUUCCCAGCCGGUGGAGAAGGUGGGGGACGAGAAGCUCGAAGCAGUAGGGGGCAUGCAAAGGGUUCUUCGAGGUCUGGGCGAAUACAUUAUGCCCAGCCCACCUACCAUUGCUGAAAAUGUGUACAAGGAACCUGAAGGAGGGGAAGAGGAUGAGAAAAACAGGCCAGGGGUGGGACAGCAGGGGUUGGAAAGGCUGACGAAGGAGGAAGCAAAUGAUAAUGAAGCUGAGACCUCAAAGACAGAGCUAGCAGGUGAGGAGAGGCUGGGGAAGGAGGAGGAAGAAGAUGACGGGCAGCAAGAUGAGGCCAUCAGGAAUCUACAGAGGCUGCUAGGGCAGUUACAGAGACAUGAUCUGGGGACAAAGGAUCUAGAGAAGCCGGUGCUUUACAGAGAGGUCCGGGGGUAUUUCCCAAACAUAGACUUGGGCCUCCAGAAUAAUGAUAUACUGCCCCCACUGAAGGGUUAUAAGCUGUACAACCAGCAACUUGCCAGGGCGGGGAAGAAACUGAAAUGGCAAGAGGAGAAGAGUAGGAAGACACAGCCGAAAUUCAGUCAGAUGAACUUCAUGAGGGACUUUGAAGAAGAGAAUGAGGGAGAUGGUGAGGAGGAGUUCCUGACACGUGAGGAGGAGGAGGCGCAGGCCCGGGCUGAGCAGGAGGAGGUGAGGAGACAAGAAGCCGAGGCCCAGAGAGCGCGGGCCGAGGAGGAGAGGCUGGCCGACAUCGCGUCCGACCGCGUCCUGCAGUACAUGGUGAAGAAGCAGGCGGCCAGUUACGCAAAUCAGCGGAGGAAGGCUGCCCUGGCCACCAACGCCGUGGAGGACAAGCGAUCGGAGGAGGAGGACGACGACGAGGACGACAUCGACCCUCAGACUAUCGACAAGCUGAUCGAAAUCUCCAGCAAACUGCACCUGCCCGCUGACGAUGUUGUUGACAUCAUCAGUGACGUGGAGGAGAAGAAGAAAAAGAGGAAGGACAUGCCGCAAAAUUUGCCUCGCUAUCGCCCCCUGGUGCCCCCCCCAAUCCCAGCCUCCCGGUACUCUUCCACUGUGAAAUCACCGCCAUUUAGCCCUUAUGGCAAAUGGUUCAAGGGCAAAGCUAAGCCUUGGAAGCAGGACUUCUGGUCCAAACCUCAGAAGCAGUUCCUUGCCUACCCUUCAUACCCAUUCUACCAGAAACCAUACCGUGCUUACUAUCCCGUGUACUUCCCACUCCCAAAUCCCAAAUCACGUUACUUCUCCAAGCCAGCACUGUCCUUUGAUGAGCUGCUGGGAAACUCCAUGGACCGUGAGUUUGACGUUCCGAAGCACAGGUACCGGCCCUGGGGUCAGAGCCGCCCCAGAAAGCGUCCUGCACGUUUGCCGGGUCCCUACAUCCCCAACUACAUCCUCCCCCAUCCCCGAACUUACAUGGUUCCCAAACCUCGGCAAACACCCCGCCUUCGCCCCUCCCUCUACUAUCCCCCCCCAGCCCCUGUGGCUUCCCAGGAUGACAGCUACUACAACCUGAGAGGACAACAGCAGGAUAGUGACGAGGAGCUAGAGAACUUCAUUGAGAAGGUCUACUUGAAACGCAGACUGUUUCAGUAAUAACCGAUAAUGAAGUGAAAACUGAGAGGUAAACAAGCUAUAAAGGACUGAGAGAAAGUGAGACAACUGGAGAGAUUGCUCUGAUUUUUUCCACUUUCUUGUAUUGUAUUGAAAACGGGAGACAUUACUUGAUGAUUUGAUUACUUGAUUAUAUGACCUUCUUGUUUCAUUUAGGUAAUCUCCAUCCUGACCUGGUGUUCAGGUAUAUCCGACCUGGGAUCCAUCUUGCAUGCAUUGACUUUUCUUUAAACCAAUGAAAUGCAAGAGAAAAAAAAAAAACGUUUACACCUUUUCUUUUUGUCGAGUGCCAAAUACACCCAGAAAAUCAAAUGCUUCUCUCUCCCUCAGAAGGACACACACACAGACACACACACCUAGACAGUCCCUAGGCAGGUAAACCUGUUAAAUUAAUAUAAUAGUUUGUACUUUGAGCAUAAAAUAUACAGGUAUGAAAUAAAGGGGGAUCAAACAGUUUCAUACAACUUCAGACCUUGACUCAAGCAUUUCUGUGUGCCUGGAAGUAACAUAUUGCUCUGUGACCUAAGUGUCUGUUUCAGUUUGUUACACUUUGAUCAGUGUCAUCUGUGUACAGGGUUUUUUUUAUGAUCUGUUGGUCUUUUUGUAAACCAAACACUUGGUGUAUCUUCUUUUCAUACAGCGGUGCGAAAUGAAUUCAUACAUUCCAGCAGUUAAUGAGAAACGAAACAUUAUUAAUGCAAGCUGUGACCAGACCAGAGUUCUACUGCCUUACUCUCCCUUAUGACAAGGUUGCACCAUGAAAACAUCACACCAAAGCAUCAGGAGGUGCAGUUUUUAACAUUUAGGGAGAAGCAGCUUCCUUUGGCCUUGCUCCUGGAGCUUUGCUGAGUAUUGCUUCUUCAUAGGGCUGUACUGCUCCUCUCACUGGAGGGAGUGGAUUGGCCCAUCUGGACCAGUUUUGGUUUAUAAGUGCCCCUGCUUUCUCCUACCUGACCCCAUUGUCUUCCCUCCAGGCUCAGAACAUUCAUCAGCUUGGCGAAUCACCAUUUGCAUUCUUUAUAGCAUCCUCACACAAGCCCAGGCGAUACUUGUAUGACAGUAACACUCAUGCAACGCCGCAAUGACAAUCCACAGCUAAAGAUCCCAGCAUGACGACCGCACAGCGGAGGGCCCACUGAGACUUCACUCUCUGAAGCUCUUCGGCGGCCCACGCGGCCAAACCGAGGCACUUUCCUCACACGCUUGUCCGUUUCAUUCAUAAUUACGGCAUCCAUAGCAUCCUGGAGUGGCAGAUGCAAGGGGUGUGAUUACCGCUCACGUGGAAGUCCACAUCUCCUUUCUCUGUCUUGCGCUCUCAAAAUGACCACAACAGGUUAAGCCGUUUUUUUUUUUACAGGAAGUCAUGAAUGUAAAACGUAUAAAAACAGGGGGAAGUCACGGGGAUGUCUGUUUUAUUCAUUUUUUUUUUUUUUAAAAGAACUUGGAGAAAGGAAAGUGGAACAGUGGAGAAAGUAGGGGAAAGGGAAAAGAGAGGGAUCGUGCAAAGGAGAGGAAAGGAAGGGCGAAAUCGAUUGCACGUAUGUGUGUACUUGCAUCUCUUAAAAACUAAAAAAAACUGUGGGAAAACGUUGUUUCUUUGAAUAAAUUUGCUCAUUAAAAAAAAACGUUAAAAAAAGAAAACUUGUGACAAUGACUAGCAUACACAAGUAAAAAUGUUGAGUCUUGUAAAAGGAAACUGUCCUUGAUGUCUCUUCCAAAUUGUGAAUUGUACAGUAUUUAAUAAACAUGCGUCUGCAGUGUGUAAAUAAAAGCAUGUCGAUUACUAGUUUUGCUAAAAGAGAAAAAUAAAAGCAACUAUUUUAUUAAAAA